AUGCAAGCCAGCCCCAUCCGCAUUCCAACUGUAAGCAACGACAACAGCACCUGGGACUCCUGCUUCCACAGGUCCCAGCCAAACAAGAUCCCAGCACAGCAGGAAAUAGAUGCCAUGUAUACGGCUGAGAGGUACAGAGAGAGUGAAGAAGACUCUGCAAGCGAAGAGGAGGAGGAGUCCAUAGACUCUCUGUCUCUUCCCAAAGGCAAAUUAGCUGAAUCGCAGAAGAAAAUAGCUACGUUGAUUAAGGAAAAUAGGAAUAUUAAAGCAAAUGAGGAACUGAUUCGCUGUGUCAUCCUUUCCCGGAUUAUUUUCGGAGAAGAACACUGGAAAUGUGCACAGGCUUUAGCCCACCUGGCUUAUGGCUACCUGACUCUGAGAGGCCUUCCAGCUCAGGCCAAGAAACACGCUGAGUCAGCCAGGAGCAUCCUGCUGACCUGGAAUGGAAACAUGACCGCAAGCAAGGAGAGGAAGGAAAUCGUGGAAACCCUGGUGGUGCUCUACUACACUCUGGGCAUGGUCUCGCUUCUGCAGAACCGCGGCAGAGAGGCCUACCUCAACCUGCAGAAGGCAGAGAGAAGCAUAAAGGAGCGGAGAGAGGUAGAUAAAAGAAACAUGUGUGGAAUAAAAGUCUCAGAGAAAGAUAUAAACAUCGCUUUGGGCAGAGCCUCCUUGGUCACUCACAGGCUGACCCUAGCUCUGGCAUACUUCGAAAAGGCGAUUACCAAUGUCAUUGCCACCAAGGGUGAGAAGGCAUCUGAUCUCAUCAGUCUCUACGAGGAAAUUUCUCAGAUUGAGCAGCUGAGGAGGAACCACGAGAAAGCCAUCCAGUACCUGCAGCAGGCCUAUGCCAUCUGUGUGACUGUUUUCACUGAAGUCAGCCCCAGAACUGCAGAGGCAUGUGCGUUGCUAGCCAAAGCCUACGCCCUGUCCGGAGAGGUCCAGAACAGAGAUGUGGUGGAGCUGUAUUUUGUAAAAAGUAUCACCGCCUACCAAGCCACACUGGGUACAGAGGACUCAGAGACACUAACAACCAUUGAGGAAUUCUGCAAGUGGCUGAUCCUAAAUGGAGAAAAACAGCCGUCCGCUGCCGGGCUGCGCGUCGCCUGA